CUUUAGAUUGAGUGUGAAGCCAAAAGCACCUGCUUGGACUGUGCUCCGCCAAAAUAAAAUAAAAAUAAAAAUUAAAGAUAAUCGCAAAGUCAACUUUGUUCUGUGAUUACUCAUAAUCCAUCUCAAUGGAUACGUCCAAGCAACAGAAAUCUGUACCAGAAGAAGAAGAAGACGAAGGGGAGCUCUGCUUCAUUUGCACAGAGCCUGUGGCCACCUUUGCUGUUUCGGAAUGCAACCAUAGAACGUGCCAUAUUUGCUCUCUGCGGUUGAGAGCCUUGUAUAAGACAAGAAACUGUGCAUACUGCAAAACAGAACAGAAAAAGGUCGUCUUCACCAAAGACCCUGUCAAGCUAUUCCAGGACUAUACCAAAGCUGACACCCCACUAAUUGACAAGCACUUGAACAUUCGUUUUGAAGACCAGCAAAUCUUCCAAGACUCCAUGAUUCUUUUGCAGUUCAAUUGUCCGGAACCCGCGUGUGAGGUUGCUUGUGCCGGAGGCUGGCCUGAGCUCAAGCGGCACGUUAAGAAGGAACAUGAUUUGUUGUUGUGUGAUUUAUGUACAAGAUUCAAAAAAAUCUUCACCCAUGAACAUACACUUUUUACCUCUUCUCAACUUACAAAACAUUACAAGUUUGGUGACAAAGCAAUCAACAAAGACGACGAUUCUGGUUUCACAGGCCAUCCCGAGUGUGCGUUUUGUAAGAGCUCGUUCUACGGAGAUGACGAACUGUUUGAGCAUUGUCGAGACAAGCAUGAACAGUGCCAUAUCUGUGUUAGAAAUGGCAUUCGGCAUCAAUACUAUGCCAACUAUGACCAGCUGGCAAAGCAUUUCCACAAGGACCACUAUAUGUGUCAAUGGAGGGAUUGUCUUGAUAAGAAAUUUAUCGUUUUUGACUCUGACCUUGAUCUCAAGGCACACGAGGUCGAAGUUCAUGGUUCUUCCGCAGGAAGAGUUCAAAGAGCGAGACAGUUGGAGGCUCGAAAAGUCGAUGUCAAUUUUGAAUAUUCUGGCGGCCCAUCUCGAGGAGGCGAUCGCAACCGAAGAGACAAUACCAGAGAGUCAUCUCAAAAAGCGUCGGCCAAGUCAACGCAACCGGCGGCUGCAGCUUCCAAUGUUUCCGAAGAGUUCCCAGCUAUCGGAUCGGAAACCAACCGAAUGCAGCAGCUUAGUCUACAGACCUCCAAACGAGCGGAAGGCAAGGACAAAAAGCAGCCUGGCCAAGCUAAAUCGAAAGGAAUAAAGAAGCCAGAAGGGUUUGGCUCGCUUAGUCGCAGCGACGAUUGGCCAGGGUUAGGUCAAACUCCAACAUCGUCAGCUCAACAAGCUUCAUCCACCGCCGCCAUAAAUGCCCCAGCAGAAACAAUUGAAAAACACUCUGCGUUAUUAGAGAAACUCAGUGUUUAUGUAAAUGGAGAUCAGCGAAAAAUGGAGCGAUUCCGGCAAAUCACUUCUGCAUAUAGAAAUUCAACCAUGGAUGGCAAAAAUUACAUUGAUCAACUAUUCGAUAUGCUCAACUUAGACGUGGACCAGACUGCCAGAAUAAUACGAGGAGUUGAAGAGCUUCUAGAUAACACUAGUAAGAAAACUGAAAUCAUUCGUUAUUGGCGUGACAAAAGGACUUCUCUCGAAAAUUUCCCUUCCUUAUCACCUAUUGGCGCUGCACAGAGAACCAAUGCUAGUAAUCCAGCAAAACGUGUACUUGUUAUUAAAAGUGGAAAUACCAAGCGAGGCGGAACCAAGACAAAGACCAGUAAAGCCAAUGUCUGGGACAAGGUCGCUCAUGCCGCUGCAUCUACACCAGUAACCGCUCGACAAGUCACCCCACCCUCAUCACGACCGCAAUCACCAGCACGGAAUGUGACUAUGACCAAAACACCAUGGUCUAUUAGUGGUUCGUCGGCACCUGUUAAUCGACGAGCACCAUCACCAAGUCCAACAGUACGAAGAACGGAAAACGAAUUUCCCUCUCUUCCCACUGCGCCUCCAAAGCAUCAACUCAUUGUUGAUAUGAGAAGGACUCAGAGCUCUGGCGAUAACGCUAGCCGUGGCUGGGGCCAAGACUCUACAUCAAACGAUGAUGCAACCGAAAAUAAUGAACCUCUCCCUAAUGGCAAGAAGAGUAAAAAGAAGGGCAAGCAGGUUUUGUUUCGUGUUGGCUUGUAAACUGGCCUUCAUAAUCUUAUAGAUGUAAGAAAUAAUUAGAAACACCAUGCAUUCAUACAUAUAUCGUUUCUUUUCAACGAUCUUUUUAUGUAAAUUUCGUUUAAUGUGGGUCUAUAGUUUCGAGAUGUAGACAACUGUUUAGAAAAUGAAAAAAGGUUUUCAAUACAUUUUUGUUAAAGGCAGUCUUGGCUUUACAACUGGCAAUCAGCCAUCCACCUC